AUGCCCGAUUCUGGCUGUCACCAGGACAAAUCCCCCAUGAACUGCGAGUCAUGUAAACGGCGCCAUGAAAAAUGCGAUAAAUCCUUGCCGCAAUGGUAUGCCUUCCCACGGAGCACAGUGCAUGGAGCCGAGUCAGUUAACCAGCGCAGUGGGCGUUGCAUCGAGCGCAGCGUCUCCUGCAACUACACAAACACAGCAGUGAUUGAGGAAGGGCCUAAGUAUUGGCGGCCUAUCAGACCGGAAAUGAACUACUUGCCGCUAAACAAACUCAUUGAUCUUAUUACCAAGCUCUAUGAAAGUCUGGAACAGCGCGGCAUGAGAGACUACACAAUCUGGGCUCAGAAGCUGCCUCUAUUCUAUUCUAUGGCAGGCUCCGAUAACUUAGUAAUGAGCUCGCUCCUCACCCUAUCCGCAUCCUUGUUAGCUACAAUCGAGCCGAAGGUGGGAAUUAAACAGACAUAUUUCUACUUUCGUCAGACUGCAGUCGAGCAACUACGAAUAGCUUCUAGCAAGCUUUGCAGGGAGAAUUAUGAUAAAGUCCUUGCGGCUACCAUGCUACUAUUAUGGGCAGACAGUGAACGGUCAAGCUGGAUAGCGUUGUGGACUGGUUUGAAAUCUGUCUUUUAUUCCAUGCCGCAGGAAUGGAGGUACGAUUCCGAGCUGGCAAAGUUCCUCGAGACUGAACAAUACCUUCAAACCUUGGACUCGUCUUCUAUCGUUAGCUGCCAGUUCAAUAAUAAGAAUCUAUCCGGUCUUGCCGAUACAAUUACAGUCCUGCGGCAUAUCCAGAGACAACUUGUGCAUAUUAAAAAGCACUACAAUCAGGUGAACAAACUGGUGGAUUUUCUGGAUAAAUUCCUUGGUGAUAUUUGUUCUCUUUCGCCAGAUCAGGCUUUCCAGCACGUGCACAUUCUGCGACAGUGGCUCUUUUGGCUUCCUCCAGUCAUGCUGCGAGAUGGCGUUGACGACACCAUCGGUCUAGCGGUUCUAGCACAAUUUUUUGCUGUGGGACUCAACCUGCACUGCUUAUUUCCAGAGCUAGGAUGCCAUGAUCUUGGGCCAUUGGCUGUGGGCCCUAUUAAAGAAAUUGGCCGUACUGUCCGUGGGCGCAACAUGGCGAAGCCUCACGACCCGGACGUGCAACUGGCCAUGUACCUCAUGGGCAUGCCCCAAAGUAUCGCCACCAAGUAUCGGGAUCGCCUUAUCGCCGACGAAAGUGCUGUGGGACUAUAA